UAGAGCGUCUCUCCCGAGCGUGUGCGUGAGCGAGACGUCAUUUUGCGUCGCCUCGGGCCGGGUAGCUGGCGGCUGCGUUUGAGGCGGACGCCGCAGUGUAGGGCACACCCUGAGGGUAGCGAGAGACGUGACAGGACCGAGCAGCGGGGGGCUGCAGCCUGGUCUGUCCCCACCGAUCCCAGAGAGAGGCUCAGUCUGGAUCUGGGCGUUCGCACCCUGAGAGAGGGGAUCAAAGCUCCCCUGCGGGCCCGAGGAAGAAGAGCAAGGUUGAGGACUGCCUCGGCUCACCAGAGUAGUCUGGAGGCAGGCCUGCAGGCGCGUCCCCGCUCCGCAGCUCCAAGCUGAGGUAUCUACACCUGCCGCAGGCAUUAAGAUGGCUGGUUAUGCCACUACUCCCAGCCCCAUGCAGACCCUUCAGGAGGAAGCGGUGUGUGCCAUCUGCUUGGAUUACUUCAAGGACCCCGUGUCCAUCAGCUGUGGGCACAACUUCUGCCGAGGGUGUGUGACCCAGCUGUGGGGUAAGAAGGACGAGGAGGACCAGAACGAAGAGGAAGAUGAAUGGGAGGAGGAGGAGGACGGGGAAGGUGGGGCCGUGGAUGGAUGGGACGGCUCCAUUCGAGAGGUGUUGUAUCGAGGGAAUGCUGACGAAGAGUUGUUCCAAGACCAAAAGGACGGUGAACUCUGGCUCGGUGACAGUGGUAUAACUAAUUGGGACAACGUAGACCAUAUGUGGGACCAGGAGGAAGAAGAAGAGGAAGAUCAGGACUAUUACCUAGGAGGCUUGAGACCUGACCUGAGAAUUGAUGUCUACCGAGAAGAAGAAAUACUGGAAGCAUACGAUGAGGACGAAGAUGAAGAGCUGUAUCCUGACAUCCACCCGUCUCCUUCCUCGCCCCUUCCAGGGCAGUUCACCUGCCCCCAGUGCCGAAAGAGCUUUACACGUCGCAGCUUUCGUCCCAACUUGCAGCUGGCUAACAUGGUCCACAUAAUUCGCCAGAUGUGCCCCACUCCUUGUCGGGGGUACCGGAGUAAUGAGGGCAUGUGCUUCAAACACCAGGAAUCCCUGAAACUCUUCUGUGAGGUGGACAAAGAGGCCAUCUGUGUGGUGUGCCGAGAAUCCAGGAGCCACAAACACCACAGCGUGGUGCCUUUGGAGGAGGUGGUUCAGGAGUACCAGUUUGUCCAUCCCAUGAGUUAGAGUUCGUCUUGACUCUGCAAGCUAGAAUCAAAGGAUUAUGAAAGUAAGAUCAUUUAGAUAUGACCAAGGGCACCACUAAAUGGUGUCAGGUUUUAGGAAGCAGACGGGUAUACAAAAAGAAAAUGAACAAAGAUUUCACUUAUUGGGGCUCAGGCAUAACUGGAUGCCUGGAUUGUCCUGCCACCCAGCUGCCACCAAUAAAAUCAUUCAUCACUCUGCAAGAGGGACCAGAUGCUUCCAUCAUCAGUACUCCUUGUUUUUCUGUUAUCUCCUUUGAGGUAGCUAAAAAUGGCAGCCAAAAAAAAAAUUUUGAGGCUUUUCGCAAGUAUAUAUUCAUGUUAUUAUGCAGAAGAUAGGGUCAACUUCUUCAGUUUGAGUUAUCUGAAAGUGUUGGGCAGUGACACCAUGCCAAACACUGCUGAAUUCAUGCCAUUAAAAACAGUGGAGUGUUCUGCAAAGCCCGAUUCUCUGCAGCUUUAAGACUGGACAGCAUUGAAAUAUUCACAGGAAUCUUCAAAGCCAUGAAAGCUUAAUAUUAAAUAGCCCUUUUAAUUGCAAAGGAGAAAAAAAUGGAGAAACUUGUGAAACUUUGCAUUCUGAGUGCUGCCACAAAUAAAGAAUUCCAGAAUUUCUUCAUCUACUUCUGCAGUCUUAACUCUGAAUUAAUGACUGAAUGUAUCAAACUUCAGAUCUUAAAAAAUAUCAGCUCGCAGGAGGCUGAGGCAGGAGAAUGGCAUGAACCCAGGAGGCGGAGCUUUCAGUGAGCCAAGAUGCCCUUGCGCCACUGUACUCCAGCCUGGGCAACAAAGCUAGACUCUGUCUCAAAAAAAAAAAAAAAAAUCGGCUCAUCCUUCAUUGCUGUUAGUCGAGAUGAAUCUACUGAUGAAGAAAACUGUACUUUGCUUACAUUCAGAAUAAGGCUUUCAAAACUGUACGUGCUGUUUUUGUGAGCCUACUACUUGACCACCAAACACUUGCAGCUGUAUCAAAUGAACUGAGCUGGAGGAAAAUUUAUAGCAGUAAAUAUUAAUGGCACUACAGCAAACUGUGUUAAAUUUGGGUUUUUGGCAAAGAUUGAAGAAAACUGGGAUUCAAGAUAUACUGCAGCUGUCACAACCAAGCGUCAACUUUCACUGAUAACCCAUAACCUACUGGAAAUCUUCAGCCUUGCUGUCAGCAUAGACCAUUGUGAGAAACAGUACAUCCGUUCCAGUUUGCCCUGCUUUUUGAAGAUCUAAAUGCCAUUCCAUGUUUUCUGUUACAUAUUGAAGUUUCUUGGUUGUCAAAGAAAAAUGGAUUCUGCUGAACUCAUGGACAGAACAACCCCAAGGUUGGAAGAACAAUGAAAAAGAAUCUAUACUUGAACAUUUCCAAAGUUAAAAUUUUUCAGCAGAGUUUUAACACACUGAAGCUUAAAAUACAUAGACAUUGAAAUGUCAAGAGGCAAACACCAAUUUCGCUGUUCAUUUCAUAAUGAACGUCAAAACUUGCCAAAAAUAGACAUAAGAAUAUAGCAUAUGUAUGUAUGAGCAAACUAAUGCUAAAAAAUGUCUAAUUUUCUUGACUAGUCUUUCAAGGACCAGAUUCAUGAAUGUCAUUUGAAGGAAAAAAGUGAAAUACUUGGAAUUAUUUUGAGUGAUGUUCUCCUGAGCUUGUUCUUAAAAUCUACCUGUGCUAGCUUUUGGAAAGAAUGUGUUUCAUACUGAUGUGCAGGCCUCACUGAAAGAGCUUCAAGAGGAGUUUGUGAAACUCAAAGUCUAAUUAUUUUGACUAGAAACUUCCAGAUAAAUACUCUAGAGAAACUUGGGUAUAAAAUGACUAAACAGAUGAAAAAGCUUUAUUCGUUAUUCCAUUUGCUCCUUACACCUUUAAAAACUUUUUAAUUUUUUAAUGUUUUGAUAUAUCUAGCUCUGGAGAGAAAACACCGCAAGAGUGUUAUUAAAAGUAGCUUGUUUUCUUGAACCUUUUACACCACCCAGGAAAGAAAAGUUCAGGCUUAACAGUGACAUGGCUAUCAUGUCAUCUGAAUAAAUUUUUUUCCUUCUAAAAUUA